UGACUUUUCGACCAUGCCAAGCAUAACUGAAAAAUGUGACUCAAUCGUUUGGUUAAGCGCCGUUUUAUGGCCUAUGAUUUUUGACAGUAGAUGACAUUGUCCGAUUUUUGAAAUGAUGUUAGAAGAGAUUAACUUUCAAAGUGCUCUCGUGGUGAAAUUAAGCAGUACCAAUUUGUUUAUAUUCUUUCAAGUCAUUCCGUUAAUGAAUAGUGAACGUUCGACUCUAUUUCGUUACUUGUAUGUGUUUCCACGAGCCACCAUCCUAGUUGAUGUUGAGCUAAAAUAGUUUUAUCAUAUUGAUAAGUUUUAUUGACAUAUAUCAGUAGUACAUUUUCCUGCGAUUUUUAUUGAAAGUUUUCUGUGUUCAGUUAAUCAGCACCAAAGUUAUAUUCCUUUCUAUUAAACCUCUUCGUCCUAUUAAUCACUAAACAUUUGCGUAAAGAAAUGUCCGCUACUUUUUUCAUGUUCUAUAUAUUACAUUCAAACUGAUAUUUAUGUCUUUGUUUCAUCAAUAAUAUCUUUUAUAUGGUUCUUUGUUUUUUUUCUGCACCAUCCCAAGUAAUAUGGCUUGUCGAAAAGGCUCUUUAUUUCUAUUGUUCAUUCAAACAAGUGCAUUUAGUUGCAGCUCCUUAUAUUUAAUGUUUCUUAAUCAUCACAUAUGACUUCCUAUAUGGGAAAACAUGACGUACUAUUAGUAGAGAACUCAUUCUCCAGGGUAUUGAAUUCGAUGCACCAACAAAAAUAAAAGACGAAUGAAUGACCGCUCAAAGCUAGAAAACAGCCUUAAAGUCAUCCUACAACAGCUUAAAUCUUUCAGAUCGACUAUCCCGAGUGACUCAGUCUUCGCUGAAUUGAGGGACUCAAUCAAUUAUGUGAUUCUUCAGUCUAAAAAGUGUUUAAAAGUCACGGAUAGCAGCCUUGUGAAAUGCAAGAGAGAAAUUUCAACCCCAUGCUCCGACAUUGAUUCUCCACAUAUCCCAAAGGACUUUUGUUCUCUAUCCCUUCCUCAUGACCAUUUUUAUUCAGGUCUUCUACCCGACGAUCUCGAUGGAAAAGAUAUUCAAAAACUGCAAGACAGAGAAAUAGAUGAAAUUGUAUUUAAGCUAAAGCAAAAUGAAUUAAACAGGAAUUUUGUGAGAAGUGGAAAGAAAACUAGUCUUCACUAUGCGGCUUACUGGGGCUCACAAACAUGUGUUCAAACAUUGAUACUACAGGGCUCUGAUCUUACUGCUCGUGAUGAAUAUGGUUUAACACCAAUUAUAUGGGCUUGUCGGUCGGACCGAUUAGGAAACCUAGUAAUCUUGUUGAAGGCAGCUAAAAUCCGAAGUAUUCCAGAAAAACAAUGGAUGUAUGAUAGUAGCGGUUAUCAUUUGAUACACCAUACUUUAUUGAAAGAUGAUCGUUUAAAAUGUUUAGAAUAUUUAUCAAACAGCGAGUAUGGAUUAAAUGUAGAUUCAGAAGGUCAAAAUGCACUUCAUCAUGCUGCAAUGAAAGGUUUUUCUAAUGGAUGCAAAAUUAUUCUUCAGUAUAAACCGAAUGCUAUACUAUUGAAUCAGUUCAAUAGUGAAAAUCGUACUCCUUUGCAUUUAGCUACAAUAAAUGGACAUGGGAAUAUUGUUAACUUACUGUUAAGUCAUAAAGCAAAUCCAUAUUUACAUGACAAGAAUAACUGUUCAGCAUAUCAAUAUGCAAAUAUGAAACGUCUAUAUUUUUGUCUAUUAAUUUAUGAACGUUAUAAUGUUGGUAAAGAAAAACAACAAGAUGAAAAACAUUCAUUGAAUGAAAAUUUAAUAAAUGAAUUAACUAGUUUUCGUCCUGUUAAUCCACAAUUUUCUCAUUAUCAGGAUUUUUAUUUAAAUGCACAUCAACAUAGUGACAGUCAAACAAAAAGUCCAUCUUCAUCAAUACCCGAUACUCGACCAGUAGCACUAGUGAAUGAUAAACAGAUUAAUCAAAGUACAAAACAAGCGCACGACUCCUCUUCACCGUUAAACGAUUCUCUUAGGAAAAAAUUAACAAACAAUUUAUUAGUUGAAAGUAACAAUGAUAAUAACAUUGUCAAUAAAAAUAUCUAUUCGACACAAAACCAUGUUUCUCCAAGAAUAACUCCCAAAGGUCAGCUUACUGAAAUUAAAUCUAUGAUAAGUAGUAGAGAUAUACAAAAUAACAAAGUGAAAAACAAUUUUAAAAUUAAACGCGAAUUACUACCAACAGAUAAAAGAGUACAUCGGAACGGCAACUCAACAGUACCAUCAAAAAGAAUAAGUCAACAGAUUGAUAAACUUCAAAAUCCAACUCUGAAGAUAAGAAACUCUAUACAAUCAUCAUCAUCUGAUCACUCAGACGUAGACAGUAAAAGAAACGAUGAACAUAAUGAAGCUUUAAAAUCUCGACCAUAUAACAACCAUGGUGUUAGUAAUAAUAGUAACGUUAUGAAUGCAACUUACAAUAAAGGCAAAAUUAAUUCUAAAGAUGUUGAUAAGUUAAAAAAUGCUGAUAGUUCAUCGGUUUCUGACAUAAAUUCAAUCCCUGAUACCGAGAGAAAUCCGAUGCCUACUCCACGUAAAACACCAUAUACAAGUGAAAUUAAUCAAAGCAGUUGGAAGUCUGUAUUAUACCAUUCUAGGCUUCUUAAACGAGAUCAAGUUAAUAAUAUGCCACAACAAAAUUCUAUGAAUAAUAAUCAUAAAAUUUCUAUGAAUAAAUCUAAUUCAAUUCAUCUAGAAUAUGAAGAUGAAAUUAUACCAUUAAAUAUGAAAUUAUUUACUAAAUCAACUGUAAAUUCAUCUUAUUUAAAUAAAACAUUAUUAUGUAAUAAUAAUAAUAAUAAUAAUUUAUUAUCACCAUCAUUAAAUUCUGUUCAUCGUAAAAUCAUUAAUGUGAAUAAAAAAUAAUUAAUUAAUCCUUAUUGUAUAAUAAAAUAAUUUACUAUUUUAUUUAAAACAAUUAUUAUUUUACACAAAAAAAAGAUCUUUAUAUCGUCCAUAUUAAAAUUAUUAAUUGAACAUUGAAAUUGAUCAGCUGUUCAAUGAAUAAAUUUAUUUAAACAAAAAAUUUUAAAAAAAAACUAAUUACAUCAUAUUUAUUCUUGUAUUCAUCUCAAAAUAAGAGGUAACAUAUUUAUCUUAUAAAUAAGAAUAAUAUAAUUGUAAUAUCCUAAUGAGUAGAAAAAUUAGAUUUUC